AUCCGGUUUCCUCUGCCAAGCACCUUCCUAACACGAUUAGCGCCCGCGGACCUGCAUAUCUUCGUUCAAUCUUACGCCCGCGAAACCCCAGAUCUUGGGGGAAAAGCGUGUGGCAAUGAACGGACAUGGCCGAUAUCGUUGAUAAGUCAACGAAUUGACAUCCCUAAAUCCCGGAAAAUGGUAUAUAUUCACGGCCGCCCAGACUUUCCCUUCGGCAUCGACUCACAAUCGCUCACCAGUCAAGAUGGUUCACCUCAAGUCCACAGUUCUGGCCGGUCUGGCCGCUGCUCCCUCGGCGUACGCAUGGGGUGCUCUCGGUCAUACUACCGUGGCAUAUAUUGCCCAGAACCUUGUCUCGCAGGACACAAAGAAGUUUGCUCAACGUAUCUUGAAUGAUACAUCCGCUGCUUACCUGGCCAACAUUGCUACUUGGGCUGACAGCUACCGCUCUACCCCCGAAGGACGCUUCAGCUCGCCUCUCCACUACAUCGACGCACUUGACAGCCCGCCCAAACAAUGCGAUGUCAAUUAUGAGCGCGACUGCCCCGAGGAGGGCUGCAUUGUGUCCGCGAUCGCCAACUACUCCACCCGCGCUGUGACCAAGUCUGUCGGCCUGGACGAGCAGCAGAAGGCUCUCAAAUGGGUGGUUCACUUCGUCGGCGACAUCCAUCAGCCCCUGCACGUCGAGAACCUCGAAGUAGGCGGCAACCUCAUCAACGUCACUUUCAACGGCGCCCGCACCAACCUCCAUGCCGCCUGGGAUACCGCAAUUCCGCAAAAGCUCGUCGGCAACUUCUCGCUCGCUACCGCUGAGAAAUGGGCCGCCUCGCUAACCAACGAAAUCAAACGCGGGGUAUACAAGAAAGAAAGUCGCGCCUGGACCAAGGGCCUCAAGCCCAAGAACCCCGUCGACAGUGCCAUGCGCUGGGCCUCGGACGCCAACGCAUUUGUCUGCAGCACCGUCGUGCCUAACGGCCCAGACGUUCUCCGCAACCAAGAGAUCAGUGGUGCUUACUACGAGACCGCCAUCCCUGUUGUGACCAAGCAGAUCGCUAAGGCUGGUUUCAGGCUCGCCGCAUGGCUCGAUGCGAUCGUCGAGAAUGCCGGCAAGGGCGUGAUCAAGGGCGAUGACGGCAAGUACGGACUCACCAAGAGGGAGUUCGCGUUCGCGGACUGGCAGGUCGAGGCUAAGGCGAAGCGAGCUGCAUUUGGAGAUGGGUGCGGCUGUGUCGAGGAGCACGCGCAUGAGCACUAGUCUAUUGUUCGCUGAGGCCUCUGGGCGAUUUGUCGUGACAAUAACGAAGAGAAAUGAAUGUGUACUAUAAUCCACAAAAUGACGAUAUACAUUGCUUCAAGG